GCUGCGCGCACAGGGUGAGGGGCUUGUUUCCUGUGGCGGCGGCGCGAGACAGAGCUGGGCCUCUUUCACUCUAACGAGAAACAAAUUAAAGAAAAUAUAAAGAGUUUUUAAUUUUUUUUAAAAAGAAAGUAGAAACAAGCGCUUAUAAACGACACGAUAAAUCACCCGGACAUCAUUAAAGGGACAUUUCGACGGUUCAGUCGUCUUUUUUAAGGGGGGUUUAUUCGAACUAUCGGAGGAGAAAACAAAAUUAAAAUGUCGGAAUUCGACGAAUUUGAGAGACAGUUGAACGAGAACAAACAAGAGCGUGACAAGGAGAACCGUCACCGGCGUCCCAGCCCCCUGCGAAGCCGCAGCGACGAGAAGAAGACUACGACGCCGACGCCAAUAGCAACAAAGAGCCGGGAAAGGAGGAGCAGAGAGAGACGCAGCGGCAGCAAGGAUCGCCGCCGGAGGAGUCAACAGCUGCAUAAGUUAACCACUGAACAGAAUGAGGAAAUAAACAACAGCCGCUCUCCUCCACGUGAGAAAAAGAAGAAAGUGAGAAAGUACUGGGAUGUGCCUCCGCCAGGUUUCGAACACAUCACCCCUUUGCAGUACAAGGCAAUGCAGGCCGCUGGUCAGAUCCCUGCCACAGCCCUGCUCCCCACAAUGACCCCCGACGGACUGGCAGUCACCCCAACUCCUGUCCCUGUGGUGGGGAGCCAGAUGACCAGACAGGCGCGCCGCCUCUACGUGGGGAACAUCCCCUUCGGCAUCACUGAGGAAGCGAUGAUGGAUUUCUUCAAUGCUCAGAUGAGACUGGGAGGCUUGACUCAGGCACCAGGGAACCCAGUCCUGGCUGUGCAAAUCAACCAGGACAAGAACUUUGCUUUCUUAGAGUUCCGCUCGGUUGACGAGACGACUCAGGCCAUGGCAUUCGAUGGCAUCAUCUUCCAGGGACAGAGCCUCAAAAUCAGGCGCCCACACGAUUACCAGCCCCUCCCGGGUAUGAGCGAGAACCCCUCGGUGUAUGUGCCAGGCGUGGUGUCCACUGUAGUCCCCGACUCUGCUCACAAGCUGUUCAUCGGAGGCCUGCCGAACUAUCUCAACGAUGACCAGGUGAAGGAGCUGUUGACUUCCUUCGGGCCUCUGAAAGCAUUUAACCUGGUGAAGGACAGUGCGACAGGCCUGUCGAAGGGGUACGCCUUCUGUGAGUACGUGGAUGUCAACGUCAUGGACCAGGCUCAUUGCUCUCUCUCGCAGGCCAUAGCCGGGUUGAACGGGAUGCAGCUGGGAGACAAGAAGCUGCUGGUGCAGAGAGCCAGUGUAGGGGCCAAGAAUGCAACCCUGACCAGUAUAAAUCAGACCCCAGUCACUCUGCAGGUCCCGGGGCUCAUGAACACACAGGUGGUUCAGAUGGGGGGACUCCCCACAGAUGUGCUGUGCCUCAUGAACAUGGUGGCACCGGAGGAGCUGCUGGAUGAUGACGAGUACGAGGAGAUCGUGGAGGACGUGCGGGACGAGUGCAGCAAGUACGGGGCCGUCAAAUCCAUCGAGAUCCCGCGCCCCGUCGACGGGCUGGAGGUCCCGGGAUGCGGCAAGAUCUUCGUUGAGUUUGUCUCCGUCUUCGACUGUCAGAAGGCCAUGCAGGGGCUGACUGGGCGUAAAUUCGCAAACAGAGUCGUCGUGACCAAAUACUGCGACCCAGAUGCCUACCAUCGCAGAGACUUCUGGUAGAAAUGGAGAGAACGAGUGGGGAGGGUUAGGGUAGAGGGGAGAGAGAAAUGCUGCGAUCCUGAAUUGUACCACCGCCGAG